AUGCCAAGUAAGCUAAAGAAGGCAAUUGGUGCAGUUAAAGAUCAAACAAGCAUUAGCCUUGCCAAGGUUGCAAGCAACAAUUCUUCCUCUCUAGACGUUGUAGUGCUAAAAGCCACAACCCAUGAUGAUAUCCCGAUUGAUGAUAGAUAUGUGUACGAAAUCUUGCAGCUGGUUUCGUCAAACAAAGUUUAUGCUGCAUCUUGUGCUCGUGCUAUUAGCAAACGCAUAGGCAGAACGCGUAAUUGGGUUGUUGCCUUAAAGUCGUUGAUGCUUGUUCUUCGAAUAUUUCAAGAUGGCGAUCCUUAUUUCCCACGAGAAGUUCUUCAUGCGAUGAAAAGGGGUGCCAAGAUUCUUAAUCUAUCGAGCUUCAGAGAUGAUUCGAACUCAAGCCCUUGGGAUUUCACAGCCUUUGUUCGUAUUUUUGCUCGUUAUCUAGAUGAGCGUUUAGAUUGCUUUCUCACAGGGAAGCUGCAACGUAGAUAUACACAGCGGGAUAGGGAAAGUUGGAGCUACCACCGGAACAAGAGGCCUAAGGAACCUGUUCGGGACUUGAAACCAGCAAUGUUACUAGAUAGAAUCUCCUAUUGGCAGCGAUUACUUGAACGAGCCAUAGCCACACGCCCAACUGGUGCGGCCAAGAUGAAUCGUUUGGUAAAAAUAUGUCUUUAUGCCAUCGUGCAAGAAAGCUUCGAUUUAUACGAAGACAUUUCUGAUGGACUCGCCCUUCUUCUCGAUAGUUUCUUUCAUUUACAGUACCAGAACUGCGUUAGCGCAUUUCAAACUUGUAUGAAGGCUGCAAGGCAAUUCGAAGAACUCAGUGCUUUCUAUAGUUUAUGUAAAAGUAUGGGCGUAGGGAGGACAUCAGAAUAUCCAAGUAUCCAGGCAAUAUCCGAGGAGCUGAUCGAAACAUUGAAAGAAUUUUUGAAAGAUCAAUCUUCAUUUCCAACGAACUCUAAGUUCCCUAACCGUCCUCUGCCUCUCCCUGCACCACCACCAAAUUCUGACCAAAAGUUUGGGCGGUAUGAUAGUUCAAGUGGACGGUCUGAAUAUUCUGCCACUACCGAUGGAUUUUCCGAGCAGACUUCCGAAUACAGUUCCCAAAGUACCUCCUUGGAAGACUUGAUUAGUGCCACGGAAACAGGGAGGAGUCCGUCAAUCUCAAUCGAUCUAGAGGCUUAUUCAGAUCAGUUUGAGAAACGAACACUACAGGAUGAUGCAUUCAGAGUAAGUGAAUCGGGUUCAAGCCAUUCAUUACCGGUGUCAAAUUCAAUGGCCGAUCUCGUUUCAUUAGACGAUUGGUCAGAUUCAGAUGAGAAGGAGCACGAGCAAGAUCAUGAACAUGAACAUCUGCCAAAGCCCUCGGAGUCUACUUCUUCUAUAAUAGAUUGGGAGAUUGUCAUAGCCGAGACGUUAUCAGCAUCGCCACACAUACCCUCCAAUAAUGCCGCCAACAGCUUCAACGCCUUUCCCGAACAAGAAUCUGCACAAACAGUAGAGAACAAUGCUUCAGCAGAUCAUUCAAUAAAUGGUUGGGAGCUUGUACUAUUUACAGAGGUAACAGAACCACAUGCCACUAAGCCACUACGAAACAAUAACAACUUACCAGCAACUUCCUUGGACAGUUUGCAUAACCAAAGCACAUUGCCAUCAAACCACUAUAACCCCUUCCUUCAAGAUGCACUCGAAUUUCCAGUGGCAGCCACUAUACCCGACGUGGCAACCCCGGCUAUUGCUGCCACCAAAUUGCAAGCUGCUGCUCAAGUCGCGCACACAUUUUCAUCAGCACCUACAUUUUCGGUUCAAAAUCCGAACAAGGCAUCAUCUGCAGCGCAGAUUGAGAAUGAUCUAUUCUCGCCAUAUUUGAGUACUACAUUUUCAAAUGAUCAGGCGUUUAAUAGUUCCAUGAGUCAACAGAAUGUUCUUCAAGAACAGCAGUUAUGGUUGCAAAACCAAAACAAGAUCAUAGCAAAACACAUGGUCUAA